UCUGGUGGUCAAAGUGGGUUCAGUCGCACUUGUUCAUUCGUCGUGAUGCCACGGUGGUUUCAGGGUCCGCGUUGUACCAAUGUAGUCCGAUUGGACGGAAAAGUAGCGGUUAUUACCGGAGCUAAUACCGGCAUUGGUAAAGAAACUGCUCGUGAACUCAGUCGUAGAGGAGCUCAGGUUGUUAUAGCCUGCAGAGAUAUUCAGAAAGCUGGAGAUGCCGCUAGAGAAAUCUCUUCGGAAACUAAGAAUUCUGUUACAACUCUUAAAUUAGACUUGGCUUCUCUGAGUUCAAUUAGGACAGCAGCACAAAACUUAAAAGUUCAGCAACCAAAAAUUCAUCUUCUAAUCAACAAUGCUGGGAUCAUGGUAUGCCCUCAAUGGAAGACGGAAGACGAUUUUGAAAUGCAACUGGGUGUUAACCAUUUGGGCCACUUUUUAUGGACGCUUAUGUUACUCGACAACGUAAAACAAGCUGCCCCAUCUCGAAUCAUUAACGUUUCCUCUAUUGCUCAUACAAGAGGAAAUAUUGACUUUGACGACAUCAUGAUGGAGAAAAAUUACGAUCCCACUCGCUCAUACUGCAGAAGUAAAUUGGCCAAUGUCCUUUUUUCUAAAGAACUGGCAAAUCGACUCAACGGUACUGGAGUAACCUGCUAUUCGCUUCAUCCUGGAGUUGUUCAGACGGAGCUUGGUAGGCAUCUGCGUGUGACAACCAAUCGUUUGGUGGAUGACAUGUUCCAUUGGUUUGGACAAUACUUUUUUAAAACACCCGAAAUGGGUGCGCAAACGACUAUAUAUUGUGCAACCGAGCCUUCCCUUUCCAGUCGGACCGGCCUUUAUUACAGUGACUGUGCGGAAGAGAGACCAGCAAGACAAGCCGAAAACAAAGAGGCGGCACGUCGCUUGUGGGAAAUCAGUGAGAAAUUGGUGAAUUUCAGCUACGGCUCUUCUAAUUAAAUGUCGCAUCAUGUCAUGACACUGAAUAAAUGAAAUUUAAAGAAAA